GGUUAAUAAUGGAAAAUUACGAGGUGCUCCACGGAAAAGUAGGAAAGAAAGGAAAAAGCUGAAAAGCUCUGGCUCCAAUAGUUCGGAGGUUGGUAGUUCUCAAUCAAGAUGCAGCAGAGUUUCUGCUGCCUCUGUUAAUUCUCAAGAUGUAUCCUCCAUGUCUGAUUGGACUUCUGGAAACAAUGUGGUUCAGAUUGACAGGCCUGAUGCAAAUCCAAAUUUUUGUAGUAAUUUAAGUACAGACGAUAUCUCAGAACAUGCGAACAAUGGUUAUUCUACUGAAACUGAUGGACGUCUCUGCUUGAAACGCCAUCUAUACUUGGACAAGAGUGUGCAUAGUGGUGCUGAAACUACUGGGCGUGAUUCUCAGAACUCUGGAUCGGAUUCCGGUGCACCGAUUGAGCCUGUUGUCGAGUAUAAUGACGAGAUGUGCACUAGAGUAGUUGGAUGCAGAAGUUAUGUGACAGGUUAUUCAGGAAAACAUAUUAUUGGUGAACCGGAGGGAAAAACCUCUCUGGUUCAGGAGCAAGGUAGUCUUGGUGUCCUUAGAGUUGGGUCCAUAAAUUCGCCAGCAUACGUUUCUUAUGAGUGGCCCAACAUAGCUCCAAUUCAUCUUUCAACCAGUACACAUCUCCCUGCUGCCACUGACAGAUUGCAUCUUGAUGUUGGUCACAAUUUGCAGAAUCGUUUCCACCAUUCUUUUGUACAAACUUUACAAGUACGAAAUUCUCCUAUUGACAAUGCAUAUAAUGGAAUUAUAUCUAGACAUUUGCCAAUGAGUUUAGACUGGCCUCCUGCAGUGCGUGGUGUUAAUAGAAUAGUUCCAUCAGUUACUUGCAAUUAUGACUCUGAGUUUAUCUCAAGGAGACAAUCUUCUUUUCAUCAAGGCAUCACAGCUCAAAGUGUGCAAUGUGGUGCUGCCACUUCUGAGGAUGAAAAGACCAUUUCCAGUGAACUGAUGGACUUUCCUGAUGUUGUAAAUUCACAAGAAACAGUGGAUGAGCAUGAUAAACACUGGAUGUCUGAAGAAGAGUUAGAGACACAUGCAGUUGGUGGGAUGGAUUAUAGUCAGUACUUUGGUGGUGGUGUGAUGUACUGGAAUCCUUCUGAUCAUCCAGGGGCCAGUUUCUCUCGUCCUCCUUCUCUUUGUUCAGAUGAUAGCUCCUGGGCUUGGAGAGAAGCAGAUAUGAAUAGGGCUGUUGAUGAUAUGGUUGCCUUCUCCUCCUCUUAUAGUACAAAUGGUUUGACCUCUCCAUCUGCUGCUUCUUUUUGCUCUCCAUUUGAUACUUUGGCUCAGGGUCCUCUUGGUUAUGUUAUGCCUGGAAGUGAAAUUAGCAGCAAGGUUCUGCAUUCUUCCUCAACAAUGACUGAUGUUGGUGCAGAGGAGAGUGUCUCAGGAUCUAUGCCCAAUAUUCCGGGUGAUGGAGAAGUGAAGACUGUGGAUUCACUUCCAUACCCCAUUUUGAGGCCAAUAAUCAUCCCAAGUAUGUCAAGAGAAAGAUCAAGAUCAGACUUCAAGCGUAGUUAUGAUCUUAAAAGCCCUUGUGUUCCUCCAAACAGACGCGAGCAGCCUCGGAUUAAGAGGCCACCGUCACCUGUAGUGCUUUGUGUUCCACGUGCUCCUCGCCCACCUCCACCCUCUCCUGUUGGUGAUUCAAGAAAACAAAGGGGUUUUCCUACUGUUCGAUCUGGUAGCUCAAGCCCAAGGCACUGGGGUGUCAAAGGUUGGUUCCAUGAUGGUGUCAAUUUUGAAGAAGCCUGCAUACCCAUGGAAGGGAAUGAGGUAGUUUGGCCUUCUUGGAGGAACAAAAGCCUUUCAGCCCAUCAGCUGACGCAGCCUUUAGUAGGAAGAUUGCUUCAGGAUCGGCUUAUUGCAAUUUCCCAGUUAGCUCGUGAUCAGGAACAUCCAGAUGUUACGUUUCCUCUGCAACCCCCUGAACCACAGAAUUCUACCACUCGCAAGGCAUCUCUGCAACUGAUUCAUGAUAUUCUGCAUGAUGAAAUUGACUCUUUCUGCAAGCAGGUAGCUGCUGAGAACUUGAUCAGGAAGCCUUACAUUAACUGGGCUGUCAAGCGUGUUACACGGUCUCUCCAAGUCUUGUGGCCUCGCUCUAGAACAAAUAUUUUUGGUUCUAAUGCAACUGGUUUGUCUCUGCCAUCUAGCGAUGUUGACCUCGUGGUUUGUCUUCCUCCUGUGAGGAAUUUGGAACCUAUUAAAGAAGCUGGUAUCUUAGAGGGACGCAAUGGCAUUAAAGAAACUUGUCUUCAGCAUGCUGCUAGAUAUCUUGCUAACCAGGAGUGGGUCAAAAGUGAUUCUCUCAAGAUUGUGGAAAAUACAGCUAUACCUAUCAUAAUGCUUGUCGUGGAAGUUCCUCUUGCUCUCAUCUCUACAACUAUGUCAAAUGUUCAAACACCUAAGGAAGAAGCAGAUCAGGUAGCUUCUGAAGAUGGCAACCCUUUUCAGACUGAUGCAGCUAGUUUGGAGGGCACUACUUCACCAAAGUGGAGUAAGAUAAGGAAUGGUGCUAAUGAUGGAUUCAAAUCAGUUCGUCUGGACAUUAGUUUCAAGUCUCCUACGCACACUGGACUUCAGACGACUGGACUGGUUAAAGAUCUUACUGAGCGGUUUCCAUCUGUAACGCCUCUUGCUUUGGUGCUAAAACAGUUCUUGGCAGAUCGUAGCCUAGACCAGUCCUAUUCAGGUGGUUUAAGCUCAUAUUGUCUGAUACUGUUAAUUACACGUUUUCUGCAGCAUGAGCAUCAUCAUGGCCGACCUAUCAAUCAAAACUAUGGAAGCCUUCUGAUGGAUUUUCUAUAUUUCUUUGGGAAUGUCUUUGACCCACGACAGAUGCGUAUUUCAGUACAGGGAAGUGGAUUAUAUUUAAACAGGGAACGUGGAUGCAGCAUUGAUCCACUUUACAUUGACGAUCCUCUAUUUUUAACAAAUAAUGUUGGGAGAAAUUGUUUCCGUAUACAUCAGUGUAUCAAGGCAUUUGCUGAUGCUUAUGCGAUGCUGGAGAAUGAGCUCACAUGCCUCCACAAUGAGGAAAACCCGGAUGUCCAACCUACCUGUCAACUGCUCCCAAAGUUAAUUCCGAGCAUUGGUCAUUUGGUAGGGUCUUAAUAUUGCCGGAGUGAUUAAUCUUUCCAAGGACUUGUAUGCUUCUGCUUCACGUUGAUUGCUCAACGCAUUGGGGAAGAUUGCCUCCGGCUGAAUUGAAAGCUAGUUGAUGCGAAGAAACUUCCAUUGGUUUUUGCUCAUCAGGCUUGGGAAUCCUAGUGUUCAAAGAAUUGGUAAUUGAGGUGCCCAAUGAUAUGCAGUAUCCUAGCUCACUUUUCACUGUCCAAAGCCAGCUUGAGGAGCAACAUAUGCAUUUGUGGUGUCAUCAAUUGGCAGACGUAGAAGCGGCAUAUUCAGAUCUGAGGAACUCGUGGUCCUUUUUGCUAUUGCAACUGAUCCUCUCUAGAUAAAGACAGGUGCUUCAGUAGGCAUGCACUUGAAACAUCAUGCUCUCCAAGAAGACGGCCAUGGAAAUUCUAGGAUUCUACUAGAAAUACAUGGUGACUGAUUCUGAUGCUUCAACACCACAGGGCCACAAAUUAUGUUUUUAACAGGGGGAAAGAAAGACCGCGAAUAUUUAUAGUUUGAAACAUGUGGAAAAUUGAGUUGAGCUUAUUGGAAGAUCAGAGUCCAGUUUCUUUAUAUGGAUUUACAAGUGUAAAGCUGGACUUGCACUGAGAUCUCCCUCCCAAGAUUGGGGGUCCUGUGUAGGCCGUAACCACUCCAUUUUGAGAGAGACUGCAACAACAGAAGUCUCCGAUUUUGAGAGAGACUGCAACAACAGAAGUCUCCGAAUAUGAAUGGAGAUGCACGCAUGGAACACAACUUAUUUGACGGUCGGAAGCCGUGUGUUCUUCUGAGCUUUACAAAAUCCCUUCCAAGAUAAUUGCUACCUCUGUAUCUCAGUUUUCAAUAGGAAAUUGAAGGUUGAAAAUACAACAUAGCUCUACUUCAGACUGAGAAACACGAAGCCUACAGUGCAAGUUGAAGUGACAAUUCUGAGAGCUUGAACAGGGGAAAAGAUCAUGGCAAAUUACUGCAAAAAAGUAUAAGAAAACUGCUUAUUGUUUAAAGCACAAGAACUUAAGUUGUAAAUUUGUAACUAAACUUUUCUGUCUGUCGUUAUGCAUCUUCACAUUCUAUGUAUUGAUGUCUAGAUAUGCACAUUUAAAAUGAAAAAAAAAAAAAAA